AUGGCCAUGUCCACCACAUCCGUCUGCUCCAGCACUUGCUCUGGCCCCUGGCAGGUGGACGACUGUCCAGAGAGCUAUUGCGAGCCCCCCUGCUGUGCUCCUAGCUGCUGCACCCCAAGCCCCUGCCUGACCCUGGUCUGCGGUCCAGUGAGCUGUGCGUCCAGCUCCUGCCAACCAGUCUGCACCAGCUCCUGCACACCCUCAUGCUGCCAGCCAGCUUGCUUCUGUACCAGCUCCUGCACACCCUCAUGCUGCCAGCAGUCUAGCUGCCAGCCAGCUUGCUGCACCCCAUCCCCCUGCCAGCAGGCCUGCUGUGUGCCCGUCUGUUGCAAGCCUGUGUGUUGCAAGCCCGUCGGCUCUGGGGAUUCCUCUUCAUGCUGCCAGCAGUCUAGCUGCCAGCCAGCUUGCUGCACCCCAUCCCCCUGCCAGCCAGCCUGCUGUGUGCCUGUCUGUUGCAAGCCUGUGAGCUGCAAGCCCGUGUGCUGUGUGCCCGUCUGCUCUGGGGAUUCCUCUUCAUGCUGCCAACAGUCUAGCUGCCAGCCAGCUUGCUGCACCCUGUCCCCCUGCCAGCAGGCCUGCUGUGUGCCUGUGAGCUGCAAGCCUGUCUGCUCUGUGCCUGUCUGUGCUGGAGCUGCCCCUUGCCCAGCUCCCUCCUGCUGCAAGCUCAGCCCCUGCUCCUCCUCCUGCUGCAGACCCUCCUCCUGUGUGUCCCUCCUCUGCCGCCCUGUGUGCAGACCUGCCUGUUGUGUCCCCACCUCCUCCUGCCAGCCCUGCUGCCCCCGCCCAGCCUCCUGUGUGUCCCUCCUCUGCCGCCCAGCCUGCUCCCGCCCGGCUUGCUGCAGCCUCUCCUUGGGUCAGAAGUCCAGCUGCUGA